GAUAACACACACUGAGGAGUUUAGUGUCAAUCCUACAGGUUCCCAUUCAUCCAGACACCCAGACACACAGAAGAGCCAUCUCACCCUCUCCUGCUGCAGUCAGAGAGAAAUCUGCUUUUCUAACCCUAGAAGAAUAGUUCUCCGCGUUUUUACUGUAUAGAAAUAAUGAAGGGACUUUUUCUAUUGUUGAUGUUGGCUGUUUGUCAGACAUACCAAGCAGCAGAGCCUGGCAAUGAUGAUAAUAGUGUAUUCGAUCUCUUUGAGUUAACGGGAUUUACCCGUAAGGCUGGUUCCCGAAAACCUGCCGGAGUCCAUUUAGUAAAAGGUCCUGAUACAUCAAGCCCAGCCUACAGAAUUGAAAAUGCUGAUCUGAUUCCCCCAGUUCCAGAUCAUAAAUUUCAGGAUCUGCUAGAUGCAGUCCGUGCAGAACGUGGCUUCAUUCUACUGGCUACUUUGCGCCAAGCGAAGAAGACUCGAGGAACACUUCUGUCUGUAGAAAGAAAGGAUGGGUCUGGGCAUGUUUUCAGUCUGGUAUCCAAUGGCCGUGCUGGUACUCUAGACUUGAGUCUAAGUGGUGAAGGCAAGCAACAGGUGGUUUCUGUUGAAGAUGCUCUACUGGCUACUGGCCACUGGAAGAAUAUCACUCUGUUUGUACAGGAAGACCGUGCCCAGCUCUACGUAGGAUGUGACAAGAUGGAAAACGCUGAACUAGAUGUCCCCAUUCAGAAUAUUUUCAAUGGAGAUCUGGCAAGCACUGCUAGGCUCAGGGUAGCAAAAGGAGGAGUAAAAGAUAACUUCGAGGGAGUUCUUCAAAACCUACGUUUUGUGUUUGGAACCACUUUGGAUGCUAUUCUGAGAAACAAAGGAUGUUCGAGCUUGACGAAUUCCGUAAUUACUUUGGACAAUCCAGUCAAUGGCUCAAGUCCAGCAAUUAGAACAAAUUACAUUGGACACAAAACAAAAGACCUACAUGCUGUGUGUGGCAUUUCAUGUGAUGAUCUGGCCAGUAUGUUUCUGGAAUUGAAAGGCCUACGGACAAUUAUCACAAAUCUCCAGGACAAUGUCCGCAAAGUGACUGAGGAAAAUGAGCUUAUUGCGCAAGUGGUAAAGAUCACACCUGGUAUGUGCCUUCACAAUGGGGUCAAGCACAACAACCUUGACGAAUGGACCAUCGAUGCUUGCACAGAAUGCACUUGCCAGAAUUCUGCAACCAUUUGCCACAAGGUGUCCUGUCCACUUGUCCCUUGCACUAAUGCCACCAUUCCAGAUGGAGAAUGCUGCCCCAGAUGUUGGCCAAGUGAUUCCGCUGAUGAUGGUUGGUCUCCAUGGUCUGACUGGACAGCUUGUUCUGUGACUUGUGGACAUGGUGUCCAACAGAGAGGUCGUUCCUGUGACAGUCUUAAUAACCGCUGUGAAGGUUCCUCUGUUCAGACCAGGUCAUGUCAUAUCCAAGAAUGUGAUAAGAGAUUCAAGCAAGAUGGUGGAUGGAGUCACUGGUCUCCUUGGUCUUCUUGUUCCGUGACCUGUGGAAGUGGUCAGAUCACCAGAAUCCGUCUUUGUAACUCACCUGUUCCUCAACUGAAUGGAAAACCAUGUGAAGGAGAAGGAAGAGAAAACAAGCCAUGCCAGAAAGACCCAUGCCCCAUUAAUGGUCAGUGGGGACCAUAUUCACCAUGGGACACAUGCAGUGUGACUUGUGGUGGAGGUGUUCAAAAACGUCAACGUCUUUGUAACAACCCUGAGCCUCAGUAUGGUGGUAAAGAAUGUCUUGGAGAACCUGAUGAUAGUCGGAUAUGCAACAAGCAGGACUGCCCAAUAGAUGGUUGUCUCUCCAAUCCGUGCUUUGCUGGAGUUAAAUGUACAAGCUUCCCUGACGGAUCAUGGAAGUGUGGUGCUUGUCCUGCAGGAUACAGAGGAAAUGGAGUUAAUUGCAAAGAUGUAGAUGAGUGCAAAGAGGUACCUGAUGCCUGCUUUACUCUUAAUGGAGUACACAGAUGUGAAAACACAGAGCCAGGUUACAACUGUUUACCAUGCCCACCACGUUAUGCAGGGACACAACCUUUUGGAAAAAGUGUUGAGGAUGCUACAGCAAACAAACAGGUUUGCAAACCACGUAACCCUUGCACUGAUGGAACCCAUAACUGCAACAAGAAUGCAAGAUGUAUAUACCUCGGUCAUUAUACUGAUCCCAUGUUCCGAUGUGAAUGCAAACCAGGAUAUGCUGGCAAUGGCAUCAUCUGUGGAGAAGAUACAGAUUUGGAUGGAUGGCCAAAUGAAAACCUUACAUGUGUUGAUAAUGCUACUUAUCAUUGCAAGAAGGACAACUGCCCCAACCUUCCCAACUCAGGACAAGAAGAUUAUGAUAAAGACGGAAUUGGAGAUGCUUGCGAUAGUGAUGAUGAUAACGAUGGAAUCCCGGACGAUAGGGACAAUUGCCCUUUCAUUUACAACCCGGCUCAGUACGACUAUGACCGCGAUGAUGUGGGAGAUCGAUGUGAUAACUGCCCUUAUAAUCACAACCCAGAUCAGGCUGACACAGACAAUAACGGGGAAGGAGAUGCCUGUGCAGUGGAUAUUGAUGGAGAUGGUAUCCUCAAUGAAAGAGACAAUUGCCCCUAUGUAUACAAUGUAGAUCAGAAGGACACAGAUAUGGAUGGUGUCGGUGAUCAAUGUGACAACUGUCCAUUGGAACACAAUCCAGAACAGACUGACUCAGAUUCAGAUCUUAUUGGAGAUAAAUGUGACAGCAACCAGGACAUUGAUGAAGAUGGACACCAGAAUAACCUGGACAACUGCCCAUACAUCCCCAAUGCUAACCAGGCAGACCACGACAAGGAUGGCAAGGGUGAUGCCUGUGAUCAUGAUGAUGACAAUGAUGGAAUUCCUGAUGAUAAAGAUAACUGCAGACUUGUCUACAACCCUGACCAGAUCGAUAGUAACGGUGAUGGACGUGGAGAUGUUUGCCAGUUUGACUUUGAUGAUGAUAAGAUUCCUGACUCUGAAGAUGUUUGCCCUGAAAAUGUCGACAUUAGCACAACAGAUUUCCGUAAAUUCCAGAUGGUGCCUUUGGAUCCUAAAGGGACUUCACAAAUUGAUCCCAACUGGGUGGUCAGACAUCAAGGCAAAGAGCUGGUACAGACGGUCAACUGUGAUCCUGGGCUUGCUGUUGGUUUCGAUGAAUUUAGUGCCGUUGACUUCAGUGGAACAUUUUUCAUCAACACCGAGAGGGACGAUGAUUAUGCUGGGUUUGUGUUUGGCUAUCAGUCAAGCAGCCGCUUUUAUGUGGUUAUGUGGAAGCAGAUAACCCAGACGUAUUGGGAUACAACACCUACUAAAGCUCAGGGAUAUUCAGGCCUCUCUAUCAAGGUUGUGAAUUCCACCACUGGACCAGGCGAACACCUUCGUAAUGCUCUUUGGCACACUGGAAAUACUGCAGGACAAGUCCGUACUUUGUGGCACGACCCUCGUCAAACAGGAUGGAAAGACUUUACAGCUUACAGAUGGCAUUUGACCCACAGACCAAAGACUGGUUUUAUUCGGGUGGUGAUGCACGAAGGCAAGAGAGUUAUGGCCGACUCAGGUCCAAUCUAUGAUAAAACAUAUGCCGGAGGAAGAUUAGGCUUAUUUGUCUUCUCCCAAGAGAUGGUAUUUUUCUCCGAUCUAAAAUAUGAAUGUAGAGACUCCUAAAUCUGGACGUUAUUCAUUCAAUGAAUGUUAAGAAAACUUCUCAGCACCUUCGGAAAUGUUAGAUAUUUACUAUCAUUCAAACCAUUUCUACAAUCUUUUUUAUUUUAUUUUUUUUAUGAUAAAAUAUCUUGUUGUGGUUUUGGAAGAUAACGAUUGAUCGACUUCUAAAACUUGCAAUGCACAUUAGAACAAUGAACUAAAUUGGACUUUUUUUCUUAAUGAGUAUUUUUGGGGUCGAAUAGCUGUGCUGGCCAGAUGCAGUACAGCCCAAAAGUCUUUCUCCACCUAGUGCCUGGCAGAGCUUUUAUGUAAGAACUGCAGAAAGAAAGAAAAACAUAUAUAUAUAUAAUAGAUGAAUGGGUAUACAAAAGCAAUACCUUUUUUUAUAAAAUAAUUUUUUAUAAAGACUUCUUUGGAACUUUUUCAUAGGCUUAUGUUCCAUGUGAACAUUAAAUAAUCCAACAAUUCUUGUUCUCAAAGAAUAGUCAUGAUGUUUAUUUUUACUUUUAUUUUUUUAUGUUUUUGGAAUGGCUGCUCUUUUGCUAAAGAGAAAAGAUGCAAUAUUUUAGAAACAAAACUUGCUUUCACAGAAAAACCUUUUGCUGUUGGAAAAAAACCAACAUGGAAUCAUCAGUGUAGGAUAUGUCGUCUGCAUAUGUAGCUAGAACGGUCUCGGAGCUGAUGUAUGUGAGAGUUGAACCCAGUUGUGUAUAAAUGUUCUACAUAUCACUGCCUAAAUUAAAGUGUUUGGAUGUAGCAUAUGUGUGUGUAAGUGUUCGUUUGCAUGUGCGUACGUACGAGAGACUGUUUCGAAUAAACUGUAUAUUUAAUUGAGUUAGUAGUGAUGCACUUGUUCCUGCUUUUGGCAAAAAAAAUGUUUGCUCAACAGAACGGACCAGUAGGUUCAACACAGUUAUUGGUACUUGUAUGGACAUUGAAAUGGUUACAAAGGGACAUAAAUAGAGAUGGCAGACAAUAUAGCAGAAAACUAUGUUACAGGAAAACAUCCAGAACAUAAUGUACAUGCAUUUAUUUCUGACUGUACAAAACACAGAGUAAAUCUUGAUCAUUCGUCUGUGUGGUUAGUAAAGUUGUAUUUACAAGGGUCCAUAAUUCAGGCUCCGCUAUAGAUCUGUGUUUUCGGAAGGCGAGACAGCUAUGUUGAUCUUUGAAAAGAACCGGAGGGAGACCAAGGCAAGAGGGGUGGAGAGCCAAGAAAUGGCAGUCUGCCUUUGCUAAACAUUUAAAUGUAAACCAUAUGUGCCUCUAUAGUCAUAUAACGACCUAAUUACAUUUCAGCAGGUAAACAGUUCCUUUCUGCAAAGAGAUUUACAAAAGAAAAAAGAAAAAGUUUAAACUUCACAUACAAAUAUUACCUCAUUGUGCGACUGAGCAAUAGAAAUGUCUAUGUUUCAAGAGGAAAGAAAAAAAUUGGAUAAAUAUUUAACAUGCAUUUAAAAAAUCUACUGUAGUGUUAUUCAGUUUUGUAAAUAGUUCUAAUGACUGUUUAUCCCCAGGAAAGUAUUUUAAACGUGUUUUUUUUUUCUUUUUAAAUAAAGGAUAUUGUAAUAUUGUUUUCUAUAUUUUAGUAUUUUUGUUGCUUUUUUUGUAUAAAUGAUUUUGUUUGUAUUACAGUUUAGUGUAUUGGAUAUUUUUGUAGAUAUGCUAUUUAAAUAAUUUAUCAAGGAAAGCUUUGUGCAGAGACUUUGCUCCUGUUUGUAUAAACUGUUUUGCACUUGAAAGAGCUUUGCAAUACCUGCCCCAGAUUUUUUUUUAUAACUGUGUAUGACUUUUUGUUAAAGAAAGAGAAAAAACAAUGUCUUUUAUACACAUUUUAUGUGUUAGUGUUACCGGUCUUUUUUUAGUAAUAAUAAAAAAAACUUGUAAAUUGUACAGCGAAAAGUUGUUUCAUGUAAAAUAUGAAAUAAACCAUACAAUGUUAUUGUA